AUGACCACAAACAUCGUCGAGUUUCUCAACUCAAUAUUGCACGACGAAAGAGAGUAUCUAGUGGCGGCCAUCUUCAAUUCAAUUGCACAUAGGUUUGGAGAAAUAUUUAGGAAGAGGUAUGCGGAGGUGGACAAUUCAAAGACAAUAUUUGUUCCCGUAGCCAAGACGAUCUUAAGGGAAAACAUGACCGAGGGUGACAAAUUAUAUAUGAACAACAUAAACGGAAGCAUCGAUGAAUUCACCAUGCUUGGUUAUGAGCGUUCCGCCAAAGUUAAUCUUUCGAGACGGUCAUGUUCUUGUAGAAAGUACGACUUGGUGAAAUUGCCAUGCGCUAAUGCUAUGGCAACAUUGCGUUUGAAGCACGGGGACGAAUAUGGUACUAGCAUUUACAACAAUUGUUCGCAAAUAUAUUUGAAAGAAUCAUACCUCCUUGUAUAUUUAGAACCUAUUUAUGCAGUACCACUGGAGUCGGAAUGGAGUGUGGCGCGAGAGUAUCUAAAAAUGCAAAUUCUUCUACCGAAUUUCAAUCCCAAACUCAGAAGGAGGAAGGUGAAACACGUUAAGGGUGUGUUGGAGCCUUCAAGGUACAAGAAAAGAAACAAGUGCUCCAAGUGUAAAAGGUCGGGACAUAAGAGAAUAACAUACAACCUUAACGUAGGAUAA